AUGCACUCUCGUCACAUACGAGGAAACAUGGAGCUAAGGAGGCCGCUCCUGCACAGUCAGGAUGAACAACAGGAGGAGUACAGUCCAGGACGUCGUCGCAGCGAUGGGGUUGCUCUCUCCCAGGUUGAUGAGGGGAGAUUCUCGGUAUUCCGAGCAGCAGUCUCUUCGUCGAGCUGCUGGUCAGCAGGAGAACGGAUGCUCUUUCCGGCUCUUGCGCGAUGGGGAUCAGAUGCGAUGCGGAGGAUAGAGAAAGAUGCAGAGAGCAUAUCGUCUUCGGAUAACUUGGAGGGAGCAUUCAGCAUGCAGACCUUUGUUGUCAACCCGUUCCGAACAAUGCUGCACACUUUCACACCACAAGUUCCAGCGCAUGUUUUCCUUUGUGAUUCUUUCUUCUCUCAUCGGCUCAAGCCCGGAAUUUCAAACCUUGUCACCUGUCUUCCCAUGAAGAUCUGCGAGAUUUCACAGGACGGACGAAUGGUCGAGCGGGAAGAUCUGAACCAGUUUGGUCUGCUCGCUGAGUACUUUGUUGGGAUGAAAGUUGAGACGGGCCUGCGGAAGAUUCUAUUCCCCAACGUGGACCUGCAAGGGAAGCCAUGGCAUGGAGGAAGCAAGAAGACGACUCACUUCUUCCGCGAGUCAUCCUGCAUGUCCGACCAGUUUCUCCGCAUGCGAGACCUCCGUCCUCUUCAGACGCUUUCUACUGCCGCUGUAAUUGUGAAGGAGGGAGCGAUUGUAGUGGGUCUGGACCCUCUCCGCGCAGUAAUCAUGGAGCGAGCUGCCUAUGUGGUUGUUCCCGAAGGCGACGAGGGUUUGCUGCAGCAGCUCCGCAGUGAAAUCUUGAGGAGGAAGGAGGAGUCCCAGCAGGACUUCCAGCUGGUUGUCAUGGACGCACUGGUUGACACCGUCCUACAGAGCUACAUCGACCAGAUCCAACUCCAUAUCUACAGCAGUGCCAUGAUCCAACUGUCCAUGAAAAAGAGGAUCGAGAAGGUUGACGGAGUGUAUGCUGCGUUGGAAUCCGUGCAUGAUUCAGGGGCUGCCGGUGGAGAAGAAGAACCCGAGAGACCGGAGCCACAGGAGGGCGACUUCAUGUACAAGAAGAUGCAGGUGGAGGGUCGACUGGACGGCUACAUGGUCGAGCUUCUCAACUUGAGAUUCAACUUGAGAAAGAUCCUCAAGGAAAUCCAUGACAGCAAGAUGCUGGUUCAGCUGAAACUGAGCUACUCGCAAAACAAACUUCUGCGCGCGGAGGUUGCCUUCCAGAUGGCCCUGGCGUGGUUGAGCGCGGGAGUCUUCGUGUCUGCUGUCUUCGGGAUGAAUCUGCACAACGGGCUGGAGUGGAUGCAGACCAACGGGACAAGGCUAGUUCCUACCUCUCAGCAGGGGGCGGGUGAGGGCACGUGGGUCUGGCUAGAGGUUGUGGUGGGCACGACACUGGGGGUGCUGCUGGGGAUGGUGGCGACGUCCUUGGCUCUGUUUCAUUACGAAGUGUUCAUACGAUGA